CCUCAUCUCAGCUAACUGACCUUGAUCCAACAUGGCAGACGCCCUCGAUGCAGAGACCCCUCUGAACCCUUCAGAGCUCAGCGUCCUGCGCGCCCAGUUCGAAAAAGAAGGCGAAAUGGUCGGCGUCCAAACCAAAUUCAACUACGCCUGGGUUUGUCUCAUCCCUCCUCCAUCUAUAAUCGCGCGCAUCCUUCUUACUCUUCUGUCGUCAAAAACACAGGGCCUCGUCAAGUCAAACAACCGCAACGACCAGCAACUCGGUGUCCGCCUCCUCUCCGACAUCUUCCGCGUCUCCCCCGAGCGCCGCCGCGAAUGCCUCUACUACCUCGCCCUCGGCAACUACAAGCUCGGCAACUACGGCGAGGCCCGCCGCUACAACGACCUCCUCCUCGACAAGGAGCCUGCCAACCUCCAGGCCACCGACCUGCGCCAACUCAUCGACGACAAGGUCGCCAAGGAGGGCCUCCUGGGCGUCGCCAUUAUUAGCGGCAUUGGCAUCGCUGCCGGCGUCGUCGGCGCUUUCUUGCUGCGGAACGCGAAACGGAGGUGAAAACAUGAAGACCACAUCAUAUUAUUUUAUACGCAAUAAUUAAGGACUAAAAGGAUAUAAACAGUUAAAAAAAAAACCAUCAUAAACGAAACAAAAAAAAUAACAAAGAAUGCCGAGACGAAUGUAAUCUAGCUAGCGGAAUCACCUUC